AGCGUUUAAGCUUUGUUCUUGCUGGCCAUGGAACCACCGGCAAAAAGGCGCCGCAUGAGCCAGCUGCUGCUGGACAAGGAAUAUGUCGACGAAGACGACGACGAGCUCGCCUCGCAGCCAUUUGAGGUUGAAGCCAAACGAGACCCGGGUUACAAGCUAUCUAUCGAACGAGCCUACGCAGACCAGCGGUUCCAGGCCACCAUGGCACACAUCUUCGACAAAUAUGGCCGCGACUUCGAAGGCAUUGGAGACGAGAUCGAUCUUGUAACGGGCGAGAUUGUCGUGAAUAAUGGGCAUGUUCACAAUAUGCGAGACGAAGGCGAUGUUGGAGACGACCUGGGAGAAUAUCUUGGUGAAGAAGAGGAUGAUGAAGAUGAAGGAAUUCUCCUAGAGGAUCUAUUUGAUGACGAGGAAGAAUUCGGAGACGAGCAUACAACAGAGCAAGAAGGCGAUGCAACAGUCUUUGGAAAGCAAAUUCAAAACAACAAUGGCUUGGAUGAGGAUGAAGAAGAUGAAGAUCGCAUAAUACAGGGCCGUGAAGCGCCUCGCGCCUCGCAUUCAACAGCCUUGGUCUUGGGAUCAUCGUCAGGAAAUGCAUUGCGCGCUUCUAGAACUCCUUUGCGCGCCUUGUCACACAAGACCCCACAAGGCAAUAUCUUGGAUUUAGAACCCACCGGGCAGUUGCCAUUUGGCUCCUCGCCACUCUCUUUCGAUCGUUCGCCGUUUGCCAUGGAGCAGUGGAACAUUUCUGGUCAAUAUUCUGAUCCUUUGUGGAACCAGCCCGAUCUGUUUCCUCUCCACCAACCGAAACCCCAGCAGUUGCCGAUUAAAGCAAGCCGGUAUAAUUUCCCUGCGCAGAGCGGCCAAAGCUCGAUCUGGGCGCCUCGGUCCAAGUUUCGAGAUGAAGAGGAUAAGCCGCUUCAAUCCGUGUUUGCGGCUACAUUUGGGAAACAUCUACUCGCUAAGAGGAAGAAAGUCCUUCGUCAUCCACUGUUGCUACCGCCCGCCAAGGACGUGGAAGAUGAUGACAAGAGAGAAGAAGAGGACGAGGAGGAAGAUGAGGAUGUGAUUCUGACAGGGAAAAAGUCCAAGGAGAUUGAAGGCUUUGGCGAAGUCGAAGUGAAUCUUGCCAAGAGAGGCAAGCGUUUGAACGUCAGUCACCUGUCUUCCGAGACAAGUAAAGAAGUCGAAGAGAAAGGAGUGGAAGGGGGUUCGAGUGAUAGCGGCUAUAAGUCUACACAAAGUACUCGAAGAGCCAGGAAGAGGAAGCAAAGGCCUGAUGAAGACUUGAUGAGAAAUGACACUCUGGUCCGAGUUGUUGAAACUCCAAGGGAAGCUCCUCAUCUGGAUGAUGUAAUACCGUCACAAAGGUCCAAACAGACCCACCAACAUUUGUCCACCGCUAAACAGCUCGAUGAGGCUGAUGGGCGAAGGCGCUCUGGACGCAUGAGGAAGCAAGUAGAAUUCCUCAACAAAAUUUCUUGGGCCGAUGUCUUGGCGGAGCAGAGAGCUGAAAAAGAAGUGGCACAUUCCCGGAAUAGAGAUGACGGUCAACUUAUUGAAGAUGAGAGCGCCUUUGAGAAGCGGCCUGUCUUGGCUGCGCCGGAGGAAGAUUAUAUCCCAGAUUCUGCUGCUGAAGAUGAAGAAGGGCUUGAAGAAGAGGAAGAAGAAGAAGAAGAAGAAGAAGAGAGGGAAGGGAUAGAAGAAAAAGGAGAAGCAAGAGGCCAGACAAACUUCCGUGGUGAUUUGCCGACACUACGUGCAAUGGAAACCCGCCAGCCAGAUGCUCAUGACGAAUCUCGUGCGUCAAUACCAGGAGUAUUUCCUCGCAAGAAUGCAGAUUCCGCGUGCCUUCUUUCGGACGACGAAGCUCCCACGUUGCUGUCAAAAUCAAGGAAAACGACUUCGAAGAAUACGCUCAAAGAUAAGCUCCCACUACGCGAAAUCCACAAUAUCAAGACCCAAACAACUACAAGAGCCGACUUGCUGGCAAGUCGCAAAACUAAAAAAUCGGAUGAUUCUCACAGAGAGAACACGAAUACAAGAGACGGCGUUGAAGAUACGUCCCCGAUAGUUAAUAAGAGUGGUAUGAGUUCGAGCAGACACCUUGAUAUUCCAUCUGAAGACUCAAGUGGCGUGGCGCCAUUGUCUUCUUCCCCUACUCGUUUUCUCUCUCGAAUUACUCUUGAAGUGUCUCUCGAUGACAAGCCUCAAACUUCACACACCUCGGCACAGAAGUCUAGGUAUCGGCGAUCUGCAGAGAUUCGCUCUUCAAGCCCAUGUGCUCGUAUGAAUGAAGAUACACUGAAAGCUACGACCUCCACGCAGAAGAGACGCCCAUUGACGAAGCUUGCAACAACUCCCAUCGUUAUUGAGGACAGUUCCUACGAGACGUCGGAUGAGAUUUACCCGGUUGAAUCUUCUCCAAUCACUAGAGCCUCUAUACCUAUUGAACCAGCCCUUCUCUCUCCUAGACGUGCCACGCCCCCCCCUGAAGUGGUGACACGAGCUUUCAUACAAUCUCCUUCGAAACCUUCUUCGAUGUUGCCUCCUAGUUCUCCAACCAAGAGCCCGUCGAAGCGUACCUCGUCUACGCACUCAGGGCCCUCCUCUGCUAGCAAAGCCAAGACAUCUGGCCCCGUCACAUCUUUACCAUCCUUGAGCAACCCUCCCCAAACACCUCGUCACUCGAAUCGCCAUUCUUUGAAGGUUCCAUCUUCUCGACACUCCAUCUUGUCUUUGCUAUCUGAUGACGAAGAUGAGGAGGUUGAUGAGCUGGGCCGCAACCUGGCUGCCAUGCCCAAGCUGCUUAGCUCUGCAGCGCAGCCAACAGCGCGGAAAGUAUGGAAAUCUAGCUCUCGCACCAGAGAGGUGUAUCAUACCCCAGUCAAGAAGCGACCAACUGAGCCUAUUAGCCCUGGUAGCAUUAUCAAGACGCCUGGUGGCUCAUUGAGGGCAUGUGGAGUGGAUGGAUAUAGAUGUGGCCGAGAUUUUUGUUUUACGUGUUUAUAGGACCGUGGCUAGCCUUU